AUGAAAGCUGCCCAAAUGGGCAUGUCGACUCAAUUGCUCUUCACUGCAAUCAUUACGUUCAUGAAAGUCGCAAUUCUUCUUACCUACAUACGCAUAUUUCCGUCGAAGCUCGACAAGUGGUUCUGCCGCUUGAUGAUCUUCUACACAGUGACUCUGAAUACGGCCUGCUUCUUCAUCACACUGUUCCAAUGCUCACCCGCCAGCACGUACUGGGAGAUCUUCAAGUACAUCAACACAGCGAAGUGCCUCAAUAUCAAGGCGAUCUACUACUUCCACUCGGCACAAAACACGUUCAGCGACUUUGUCAUCUUCCUAUGGCCCGCGAGAAACCUUUUGAACGUCCAAGUAUCGCUUCGUCAGCGCGUAACUCUAACGAGCAUGUUUUCGCUUGGUGUCAUUGUAUGCAUCGCCGGCGUCGUGCGACUUUACUAUACACACCUAUACCUCGUCUCCUAUGACGUCUUUUGGUACGGAGCUACUACCUUCGUCAUCAUGUCUGUGGAGAGCGGUGUGGGUGUUAUCUGCGGCUGCCUCCCAGGCUGCAAGCCUCUCAUGAACAAACUGUUCCCACGCGUCUUCGGCAACACGUCGCAAGCAUCGUCCCGCCGCCGGCCAUCAAACAACUUCCUCGGAGGCAAAUUCGCACCAACGUCAUCGUCAUCGGCAGGGAAAUCCGAGCAGGGAUCAUAUCGCAUGCAAGUCUUCCAGUCUCGUCCCGAGAUACGGCGCGGUGCGACGACCAUGGAGAAGCGAGCACAGCCAGACGUUGAGAAACAGCUUCCUCCGCCACCACAACCGUCGCACCAAGGGCUGCGGCCACCCAGCCGAACGGCUUUCACUGGAAGGAGACAAGGAGACGCGUACAGAGAGCUACAGGGCAAUGGGAGCGACUCCAGUAUAGAGAUAUUUCUUUUGCAGCGUAAUUAA